GAACUUGUAAACAAAUUUAUAUAAAUACAUUUAUAAAUUAUUAUAUCUUACCACAAAUAACAAUUUGUGUACAUUUCUUUUAAAGAAAAACAAAAAUAAUAAUCCAAAUGUAAUGGAGAAUACAACUAAUAGCGUUACUGAUGCAGAUAGUACAGAAACGAAUUUUCCAUUGACAAAUGAUUCUUUAAAUCCCAACGAUAUUGAUGUGAGUUUGUAUAGUACUGGGCAGUGUUCAACUGCCUACUCUUCUGAAUUAAAGAACAAAACUGAUGGAGUUUCAAAGCUGGAAGAUGCCGAUAUAAAAGCGGAAAAUGAGGGGUACAAACAUAUGCCAGUUCAUAUUAAGGAGGAGUAUUGUGAGUUCAUUGCAUUGAAUGCGGAAUCAAACAGCGAUCUGCCGGAUCCCUUAUUUACCAGUAACGCAACAGAUAAACAAAAAUCAACAGAUCAAACUGAAUUAAACAAAAGAACUCGUAAACGUGGUUAUAACCGAAAGGCUAAGACAUGUAAACUGGAUAAAGAUAGCACAACUUCGGAAGAUUUGGAAACAACAGAUUUAAAUUUAGAUAAUAGACGUAGUUUAGUAGCGAAGCAAACGCGUGAUCGCCGCGCCCGUGAAACACCAGAACAAACCGAAUCCCGACUACUUAGACAACGGGUCGCAACAAUGAAGAAGCGUUUAUUGCAGCAAUUAAAGCUAACGGAAGAUGAGUGGAAUGUUGAAAAACAACGUAAAACAGUUGAAAGGCGGUUAUCACGCCAAAAGCAAAGAGAAAAUGAGACUCCUGAACAAACUGCUGAACGCAAGCGUCGUCAGGCGCAGCAAAAAAUUUUAUCUAGACACCGUUUAGAAGCUUCAGAAACGCCAGAAGAAACAGCUGCGCGCUUAGCACUGCAACGGGAAUAUCAAAAUAAACGAAGCCAAAUAAGAAAAUCAAAAGAGACACCAGAACAACGUGCAAAACGGAAAGCAAAGGAGCAGUACUACAGAGAUUUAACGAAGCAGCGUAAACUAGCCGAUCCUUCAAAACAAAACAUGGAUGAUGAGUUGAAAAAGUUACUUAAAUAAAUUAUGUAUAAUAAAUUAUAUUUAAAUUAAGA